GCUAAUACGUGUACCACAAUCUGUAAAAUGCGUACCUAAUAUUUAAAGUCACAUUACUCCAAGUUAUGGAUUCAACCACAUUACCAUCUAUAAAGACAACAUCAUCACCGGCCACCGCGUCCUCGAAAAGCAACGAUCCCUCGUCGAACGUUACCAGUGUUGUUCGCGGUGAUUUACCAACGUCGUCGUCAUCGAGAAACUCUCUUGGCGAAGACGACAACGAUCAGGCGAGUUCUGGUGAUGAGUGGGGAAUGGAGAUUGGUAAUCUUAUCAUAGACCUCGACGCUGAUUUACAGAAGGAUGAAAUGAAGGAAAAGGGCGGGAAUAGCGAAAUACGGAAUGCAAACAAUAACAAUAGCAUCAAAGGAUCUAACAGCACUGCGGUAAGUGUAGCAUCAUCAGUUGCUCAAUCGCCGAAGUUAAAUUCUAGUAACGUCACGAAUGUAUCAACUAAGCAGGAUAUUGCGAACAGUGCCGGUAAGCUGGUUAAGCUGGGAUCAAGAAGCAACUCACCCGCCCCCAACAGUGGUAAAAAAUCGAAGUCAAAGAAAUCCAAAUCCGGGAAUAACAACAAGCUUGGUGGUGCUCCUUCAAUAUCUGCUAGUGAUGUUCAGAUGGAGCAAGGAUCAAAUCAAAUGACAAUCAGUGGGUGUAUGGGAAAAACAGAAUUAAGCGGCAGUUCUUCUGGAUUUUUACAUAUGUCUACCAGCACUGUCGCUUCUGGAAGGACAAAAUAUAAUGAAAACACGCCGGAUAUAAGUAAAUCUGUUAGUAAAUCUUCGAAAUCAGGGCGUCAUUACAAGAAACAUGGCAAAAAUAACAAUAGCAAUUCGGAUAAGAAGGCCGACGCCUCGAAUACUAGUGUGGCGGGGGUGGGCGCAAACAAAGACGGAAGAGAAAAACCUCCGAAGGCCGGUAAGAGUAAUAAACACUCGAACCAGUCUAGCGUAUUGAAUACAGUCUCGCUUCCAAAUGUCACACAUUCAAUGAGCGCUUUCAGGGCGCAUAACACUUCCGGGUCUCCUGCAUUGACUAUAUCUAAAAAUAAUAAUAUUACCACAUAUGCUUCUCCAAAUGUAAUUCCAAAGUAUUCAAAUCAUGGUCCAGUCAUCUCAACAGACACUCAGAUACGUACGAAUGCCCCGUUGGUAUACAACGAAAAAAAGGAUUUACAAGUAAAAACCGCAUUGUCUCGAAGUAAUGAGGCACCAAUUAUGAGUGCAUCUCCUCAUUUAGGAAAACACAGAAAAACAAGUUCUAUGCCAUCUGCAAUUAAAUACCCAACUCCAUUCAGCAUGCCCACCGGGGUUUCUUCCCAAAACCAGGCUUCGGCAUCCGAUGCAAAUACUUCACCCUUGACGACAACAACUGAACUGAGACCGGGUCAAAUUUCCGCGCCUAGCGGUAAGAGGGAACGGAAUCCACCAAAUACGUCUCUGGCGUCAUCGAACAGCAAAAAGAUCAAGCUCGAAAAGGACGGAAAUCCUUACAUUAGCAACAGCGGUAUGACACCGACUGAUGGUGAAAACACGACAGCCAAACCCAGUACAGCAUCUACAGCUAUGUCGACCGCAGCUGUCAGCCUACCUGGACAUUACACAAAAUUGAAUGACAAUAUAAUAUCAAAGUUAACAAAUUUGAAAAAUGAUAAAAAGACCAAUAUAACUGCAAGGACAGUGCUAUCAUCUGCAUCAGCUAAUUUUAAAUCUAAAACUGUGAAACACGACGGAUCGGACAUGUCUACAUCGGCCGAGUUGUCGUGCUCGAAUUCCCCGCAAAACGGGAUUGCGGCUCCCACCUCCAAAACGAAUGAGUCGGAAAAUGCGACUAACACACGUACUGUGGGUACGGUGACAACUUACGCUGACGCUGGAGUAGCAACGGAACCGGAAGCGUUGGGGCCAUGUGAACCCGGAACAUCUGUGCGCUUGAGUGGAAUUGUAUGGCACGAAACAGAAUCGGGGGUUUUGGUUGUCAAUGUUACAUGGAGAAAUCGAUCGUACGUUGGUACUCUUCUUGACGCUACCAAACAUGACUGGGCGCCUCCAAGGAUACCGGACGCCGAUAGCGAUGUCGAAUUUCGAGUAAAGAGUGGGCGACCAAAACGUCAGCGAGGUAACGGCAACGGAUCCGGUGCGGAUAUUGGGGGACGAAAAGGCAGGAAAUCAGCUGUGGCGAAUAAUGGUGACGAUUAUAAAUGUAGCCCAUCUUCGAAUAAACGGAGGAGCAAUAAGAUGUCAGAAUCAGACGCAUGUUCUGGCAACGACGGAGAAAUUUGUACAACGCCAAGCAAAUCGGCUAAACGCGCAAGAAUGUCUCGAAGUGCAACAGCUAAACAAGCAACGCAGAAAACCACGAACUCGAUAGCAACGAAAGAGGCAACUUCGGGAGAUGGUACUUCUGGCAGUGGAUCAUCCGCUUGUUCAUCUCCGAUCUUCAUGGAAUGUCCUUACGCUAAUUGCAAGAAAAGAUACAAGGAUGACCUCGCAUUAAAAUAUCAUGAAGCGCAUGCUCAUUCUGGAGAGGAGGCCGAUGAAGCGGAAAAGAGUGGACAGGAUGCAGAUUAUUUAGCAGCAGACUCGCCUAAAGACUCUGACAAUCUUUCUUCUAAAUCGGGAGAAGAAUUGCCUACUUCCGAGUCGAGUGGCAGUCCUUCAGUAAUUGAAAAUGAACCAGUAUCCACACAAGUAAAACUCGGAUCGACUAUCCAUCAAACUAUGGAAACAUCGUCCAGCAAUCAAGCGCCUUUUGUCAUCACCCAACCCCCAUCGACCUCCGAACAAAUCUCACCACCGGUCCCUAUGGAGACUAAUUAUGCUGAGAAACUUCAUACCAGUGAGGUCUUGAGGGUUCCUAGCGAAUACAUGACAUCGGUCGAAAAAACUAUGACUGCACAGGAUCAGCCGAAAAUGCCAGAUGGUGUUAUUUCGCCUUAUACAUUGACAGACUCUCAGACAAAUGAAUCUAUUAGCUUGAAAAGUCAUGGUCAGUCCUCGAAGACGCCUAGAUCAUAUCACACUGUAAGACCGACCAACACAUAUGCCGAAUCGACAAGGCCACAGUCUGAAACUGGUGCUUCAUCUGAAUCCACAAGUGCCGUUGAUAAUGAAAGCGCUUUAGCUGUCAAAACUCUCCUCCAACUUCAAGAUAGCCAGGACCAGCUACCCGGCUUGACACCUUACAAUCAAGCUUCACAAGCGCAAGCUAUUUCGAUAUCAUCGUCCGACCCUGUUACUUCAGAAACACCUGUUCAAUCCCAUCCCUCACACGUACCGGCAAAUGUCAGCAUUCCCUCGCCAGUACCCGUAAGUAUCGAAUCUCAAACGCCAGGAAAAGUACAACAGAGCCAACAUGUCCCGGCAUCACCAUUUCGCGGACACGCUCACUCAAAAGAUGGCUCUCCACUCCCUCGCAUGUCUGUGGGGAUUUCAACCUCUCGAAGUACUGGAAAUAUUACUGGGCAAUAUGUCAGCGUAGGUGGGUUCCCUACUUCACACAGCACAGCUCAAGAAGGUGUUGCGCAUUACGCGCCCAGUGGACAACGCACUGUAAAGGGCAAAACCGUACCAAUUCCGACAGAUCCACAACAAACAAUUACACCGCCUUCGCAACCUGGGAGCGGAGCACCUGUACCGGGACCUGCAAAUAGUUUUAAAAAGCAAAAGCGCAAAAAGCCACUCAAGGUAGAACCAGGAAAGUCACCAACUGAUACUGUGCUAAAACCAAUUUCCGGUCUUCCAACUGUCAGACCACCAUACAGGGACGAGGUGCAGAAACCAACAACACAAUCGGGCGCCGUCAGAAUCAAGCAAGAGCAACAUCAUCAGCAAGUUGGACCAACUGGUCCUCCAACAUCUGCCUAUCAAAAAGUACCCCAGGAUGCCAAUAAGGCCCAAAUGUUACCCCAAUCACUGAGACCCAACGAGAUAAAAUUGGAGCAUGGAUUGAAAGUGCCACAGGCCGGGCCUCAUCAGCGACAAGGUUCUGGGUUUGCUUAUCCAAAUGUCUCUCAAAGUCAGAGGCCGCAAUUGUACUCCCAUCCUGAUUAUCCGGGACACAACGAACAGACACAGCGGCAAUUACAAACUGGUAAUAAAAACAAUAAUAACAAGUUGGCCCCAACUAGCCUGAGCCAAGAAAUCGGAGUAGCACCUGCAAUGCCGCACCAUGUUUCGCAUUCUCAAAGGGCAGCAAGUCCUAAUAUUCCAAUUACGCCCGAUUCUCGUGAUUCCCAACAGAUUCAAAGAUCAGGCAGCGAUGGGCGACCCAGAAGCAGCCAUCUUGUUGUACCGCACAGUUCAUCGCAUUCCUUACCUGGUAGCCGGAGUUUGACCCCCGUUAACCAACCACCUGUUCAACAACAUAGACAGAAUCCAACUGCUAGCAGGGACAGUGGGCCUUCAACGAGCUCUGGUGCUGAUCCUGAGCAACAUGCUACUGCGCCACAUCAAAGGAGGCCUUCUAGUAAGGAAUCUAGUUCUCCUCCGCCACCAUUAGACAGAAGGUUGAGUAUGGAUGACCUAAAACAAAGUCCAAUGUCGAUAUCGAGAGCGGCAGCAUUUGCAGCUUCACCAGCCAUGCAACAAUUAUUUAGUGGUGGGCUAUACAACCAAUACAGAUAUGUCCCAGCGCCGUCUGGAUACGAUCUCGCAAGAUAUCAAUUCAUGAAUGAUCCACAGUUCCAGCAACAUUACGAAAACGUCAUCCAACAAGAAAUGUCAAAAGAUCAGAACCUUCAAAGCCAGGGUGAACAGCACGUUGCUGUGCCGUCUUCGCGUCAUAGAGCAACUCCCAGUCCAAAUCCCCAAGCCCGAUCUGCACGGCCAAAAUCUCCGAGGCCAGAAGACAGGAACAGCAGAGGGGGAUCACCUGUUCGGGGACAAUAUUAUCCACCCCAGCAUUCCAUGCAAACUCAGCCCGCGCGAGGUUCACAAGCAGUCCACCAACAACACUUGCAGCACCACCAUCAGCAACAACCUAGGGUUUCACCAGUUCCACACGCAAACCACCCAUCAACUCCCAAUAAACUUGGCGCCACUGUUCCUCCUGGUUCGCGAGGAUUGUCUCCUCAUCCGCAAGCCACUCCAUCUCCUUUGUCAGGUGCGAGGCCUCCUCGGCCAAACUCCGAAGCCGAAAGAUUUCAUCGACGAGAACACAGCAUCGGCGAGAGACCUUCCACGGCUUCUAGAAUAUCAAACAUGACUCCUGGCAGAAAGCCACAACCAAAGGAAGGCUAUCCUGAACACAGGCCGCAAACUCCAGACAAGGCAAAAUCAGGACAGCCUACCACAUCCGUUUAUGCAUCGCCUGGCAUGCAUGUAUCAGCAAUGCCGCCUGGCGCCCGACCUCCAGUGCAAUAUUACACUGCUCCGAUUUUUGACCCGAGGAGUAUGCCACCUUACGCAGCAUUUCCUGCAGCGUAUGCUAUGUUCCCGCCUGGCGCCCCAAUUUUUCCUGGACAUUGGCCACCAGGAGGUCCUCCGACUACUGUAGUGCAGGGCGGUCCGCCAAAGGUACCUUCAGUAUCUCCCCAUUCCAUAAAACAACCCAGGGAAAGAUCUCCAAGUGGUUCAAGAUCGCCGUUCAGGGACGAGAGCGGUAGGAGAUCACGUGGUGAAAUGAGAGGUCGCGAGGGGGAGCCGUACUCGAAUUCGAAAGAGCGGCGAAGUUCAGACGGACCGAUACAAAUAAGAAAAUCCGCGACACCAGACCCCAAAAAUCUACCGGUUAGAAAUUCCACCGGAGACGGAGGUUCAGGGACAGCAACUCCACCUACGCAACGUCAUCAUCACACCCACCAUCACAUUCAUGAAGGAAUUCCAAUCUUGCCUCACCAGUACCCAUAUCCUAUGGCAUCGGCAGUAAUGGCGGGUUCAGAGGCAGCGGCGGCAACAUUAGCUCCAGCGUCUUUAGCACCUUUUCCUAAAAGGGAUAUACCAUGACAACCGAUGAGCGUGGAGUAGAAAAACCUGUUCCGUCAAAACAAGUUUCCGAAAUUUGCGAAUCUAUCAGUUUGCCAAAGUUCACCAGUGUGCUGCCUUUGACCGUUGAAGCUCGGAGCAAUUGCCCCAUUACCGAUGUCAUCAGACAUCCGAUAUGACACAUCCCCGAAAUGGCAGAGAAUUAAAUGGGAUGAAGAUAUUGAAUGAAGUUUCUCUAUUUUUGUCGCUUUUUUAUUAUUACUAUUCCGCAAUAUCGUUUGACUGCAAAAUAUUUUUUCAAUUAUUAUUAUUCACCUGAAUGUUGUUUGGAUAGGUAGAUCAAAUAUGUUUAAACUUGAUCGAAUGAAUGGCAUCAAUGCAAAUCGUUAUGAGGCUUACUUAUUCAUUUUAUUUGCCUUAUGUGCUAUGUUGAGGACAUUUCCGCUAUUGAUCUGAAACUAAAUACUGAACAUUAUUCAAAUACCCAUGUGUCGGGCCUUUAUCAAUGAAUUUCACGAAUACUUGACUACAUUGAAAAUUCCAAACCAUGCUGCACUGUGUCGUGAUUUGCGUUUGAUUUUUGAUCACCAUUUUUGUUCUUUUUUUCUGCUUUCUUGAUCUAUUUUUCAUAUAUUCCGCUUGAUUUUUACGUGCUGAUGACGAAUUGAUGAUGCCACGUUGUUAUUAUUCCAUUAUAGCACAAUAAAACGUGAUUCGAAAUUUACUUUCA